AUCUCUUCUCGUCUUCUCUCUCUCUAAAACCCUUCUUCUUCUUCUUCUUCUUCUUCUUUGGUAAAACCCUAAGAGCUCGUUCUCGUUUUCGUGCUCGAAUGGCGACGGAUCUCCCAUGCGACGGGGACGGCGUGUGCAUGGUGUGCAGGGCGAGGCCCCCGGAGGGGGAGGCCCUGACCUGCCGCACCUGCGCCACGCCCUGGCACGUGCCGUGCCUCUCCGCUCCGCCCCAGACGCUCGCCGCCGCCGCCGAUUGGCUCUGCCCCGACUGCUCCGCCCCCGCCGCCGCCUCCCCCGCCGCCGCAGCCGCCCCCGCCGGCGGCGCGGCCGCCGCCGGGCUGAUCGCGUCGAUCCGCGCGAUCGAGGCCGACGCGUCGCUCACCGAGCAGGAGAAGGCGCGGCGGCGCCAAAUCCUCAUCGGCGGCGCCGCCGCCGACGACGACGACGAAGAGGACGACGACGACGACGAGGACGACGACGACGGAGACGCGAACAGGAAGAUGAAGAAGAAGAAGAAGAAGGGGAAGGGGGGAGCCGACGACGUGCUCGAUCUCCUCGACGAGAAGUUCAACUGCUCCUUUUGCAUGCAGUUGCCGGAGCGCCCUGUUACUACGCCAUGCGGUCAUAAUUUCUGCUUAAAGUGCUUCCAAAAGUGGGUGGGCCAGGGCAAGCUGACCUGCGCAAAGUGCCGAUCAUCUAUUCCUGCCAAAAUGGCCUCUCAGCCAAGAAUCAACUCAGCUCUUGUUGUCGCUAUUCGAAUGGCCAAAACCGCGAAAUCCAAUAAUUCUAACGGCCCGACACAUGUAUACCAUUUCAUGCGCAAUGAGAACAGACCAGACAAGGCAUUUACUACUGAGAGGGCUAAGAAAGCUGGGAAAGCAAAUGCUUGCAGUGGCCAAAUCUUUGUGACCGUUCCUCCUGAUCACUUUGGUCCUAUACUUGCGGAGAAUGACCCGAAAAGGAAUAGAGGAGUUUUGGUGGGGGAGUUAUGGGAGGAUCGGAUGGAAUGUAGACAAUGGGGCGCCCAUCUGCCUCAUGUUGCAGGUAUUGCUGGGCAGUCCGAUUAUGGUGCGCAAUCAGUUGCUCUUUCUGGUGGCUAUGAAGAUGAUGAGGAUCAUGGAGAGUGGUUUCUCUACACUGGCAGUGGUGGUAGAGAUUUAAGCGGAAACAAGCGAACGAACAAGGAACAGUCCUUUGACCAGAAAUUUGAGAAGCUUAAUCAGGCAUUGCGCGUUAGUUGCUUGAAGGGUUACCCUGUUCGGGUGGUGAGGUCUCACAAGGAGAAACGCUCUUCGUAUGCUCCUGAAUCUGGUGUGCGCUAUGAUGGGAUUUAUAGGAUUGAGAAAUGUUGGCGGAAAGUUGGAAUUCAAGGCUUCAAGGUUUGCCGGUAUCUUUUUGUCCGAUGUGACAAUGAACCGGCACCGUGGACCAGUGAGGAACAUGGUGAUCGUCCAAGACCUUUGCCUGCUAUAAAAGAACUGAAAAAUGCAACAGACAUCACCGUGAGAAAGGAAACUCCUGCAUGGGACUUUGAUGAAAAAGAACGCUGGAAAUGGAUGAAGCCACCACCAGUAAGCAGGAAACCGGUUAUUACCGGAAAACCAGAAGAUGGAAAGAGAGCUCGGAAGGCGCAAAGGCUUGCUCAAAACUUAUCAGUUAGGGAGAGGCUGCUGAAAGAGUUUAGUUGCCUCAUAUGCCGCAAAGUGAUGACGUCGCCACUCACUACUCCCUGCGCGCACAACUUUUGCAAGACCUGUUUGCUUGGAGUGUUUGCAAAUCAGUCCUUUGUGCGUGAGAGGAGUCGCGAAGGCGGCCGCACCCUUCGAGCUCAGAAAAUUGCUAUGAAGUGUCCGGCUUGCCCUAACGAUAUCUCCGACUUCUUACAGAAUCCUCAGGUCAACAGAGAGAUGAUGGAUUUGAUCGAGUCACUUCAACGCAAGACUGAGGAGGAAAACGUUGAGGAGCAGCAACAGAGCGAGGAGGGCGGCAGCGACGGAGAGGAAAAAUCCGCCGAAGACGAAGACAACAUUGCGGAGGAAAAACAGCCUGCUGAGGGCGAAAGCAAAAACACUGAGGCUGACGCUGAUAUCGAGACAACUGAUAGUGUGAAUGAAAAGAGUUUUCCGAAAACUAAUUUGGAAAGCGGCAAGGGUGAAGCAACAAAAGAACCAAAUGAGGUGAGCGGGAGAGGCUCGCCUAUUGUUUGUUUCAAACGAAAGAAGGCUCUUGCAGCCGGCCCGAGCGGUAAGAAGAGGCCGAAGACUUGUGAGUUCAGGAACAUCUCUGCCGAGGACUCGACGUUAGCUGACAAGAAACCUGACGAAGACGCCGAUAAUUCGGAAACAGUAAACAAUGGUGAGGAGACGAAGGCGGAAGCGGUCAAUGCGGAGUCGCCGUCGAGCCCAUUCAGCGUGCCCGCUGACGAUGAUAGUUCCCAGUGACCGACUUCUCAGGCAGGUAAAUGUUUUUGUUGUUUCAAAAUGUCUACCUUUUUUUUUUUUUUUAAGUACAUUUUCUUACUUAUUUUUGCUUUUUGGGGGGUGGUAAUUAAAUUUAAGGUUUUAAACAUAGUGGUCAGCACCAGGUAUACCCAUAUAGAUAACACCAACAUGCCUGAAGAAUGUGUGUCUGUUUUUGGUUUUCUUUUUCCGAACUCUGAAAAACUCCUUUCAGUCAAUUAAAGUUGUUGUGGCAAAUUUUUCAUUGCUA